ACCCUUUCUCUCCGAGACUCCGCACUUCUCUCCACGUUAACAUCCGAGCCGAUUGUCUCUCUGCUUCGUGUCAAUUUUCCUCGGAACCACCUAUCCGCUCUACAGUGCUAUAAGUACCUGUCCAUCCCCCGUCUUUCAAAAUGGCACCCAUGGCUCUUGAGAAGGAAGACAAGGACCGCGAUCUCGCGUACAAGGAGGCCCUCCAUGGCAAGUCCGGCCAGAUGCGCGGAGGCACUUGGGCCAUGAUGAACAAGAACUCCAGCGCCCAGGAAGCUGCUGUCGACGAGUACUUCAAGCACUGGGACAACAAGGCCGCCGUCGACGAGACGCCCGAGAUUCGCGAGGCGCGUCGGAAGGAGUAUGCCACUCUCACCAGACACUACUACAACCUGGCCACCGACCUCUAUGAGAUGGGAUGGGCUCAGUCCUUCCAUUUCUGUCGUUUUGCUGUGAAUGAGCCUUUCAAGCAGGCCCUGGCCCGCCAUGAGCACUACCUUGCCCACGUCAUGGGUCUUCGUGACAACAUGAGGGUGCUGGACGUUGGCUGUGGUGUCGGUGGUCCUGCCCGCGAGAUCUCCAAGUUCUCCGGUGCCAACAUUGUUGGUCUCAACAACAACGAUUACCAGAUCGACCGGGCAACGCACUACGCCCAGAAGGAGGGUCUGUCGCAUAAGCUGAGCUUCGUCAAGGGUGACUUCAUGCAAAUGACCUUCCCUGACAACUCUUUCGAUGCCGUCUAUGCUAUCGAGGCGACUGUCCACGCUCCUUCUCUAGAGGGCAUCUACUCUGAGAUCUUCCGUGUUCUCAAGCCCGGUGGUGUUUUCGGUGUCUACGAGUGGCUCAUGACCGACAAGUACGACAACGAAAACCCCCGCCACCGUGAGAUUCGUCUGGGCAUUGAGCUUGGUGAUGGUAUCUCCAACAUGGAGAAGAUCGAGGUUGCCCUGCAGGCCAUGAAGGCGGCCGGUUUCGAGCUGGAGCUGAACGAGGAUCUGGCGGACCGCCCCGAUGCUAGGCCGUGGUACUGGCCUCUGGCUGGUGACUACUCGAACAUGGGUAGUCUCUGGGAGUUCCCCACCAUUUUCAGGAUGACCAAGAUUGGCCGUGGUCUUGCCCACAGGUUCUGCGGUGCCCUGGAGUACAUUGGUCUGGCUCCCAAGGGCACCCAGAAGACGGCGGAUUCGCUGGCCGUUGCCGGCGACUGCCUUGUUGCCGGUGGCCAGGAGAAGUUGUUCACGCCCAUGUACUUGAUGGUUGGCCGCAAGCCCGCCGCGUAAGUGUUGAGGAAUCAAGGGAGAUGUUACUGAUCGGAGGGGAUUUGGGUAUCCACCGAUCGUCUGCACGCUGCAAAUGUUCUUAUCACUUCUUGUGUACGCAUAGAUGAGAUGCCUUUCUUCUGUACGGCUCGGGCUGGGCCUUGUUAUAUAUUUGACAUACAGCUCCUAAUAAAACUUGGCAUGGAUGUCAGCAACGAGGUUGU